AUGUGGUGUGCAGCUGCUGAUUUGGAAUCUUUUGGUAUUUGCGAUAAAGAUAAUUCAACUGAUGUUUGUGGAGAAGGCAGUGGUGGUGUUUGUGAUGAAGGUAAUCCCACUGAUGUUGGUGUAGAAUGCAAUGGUGAUGAUUGCGAUGAAGGUAAUGUGACUGAUUUUGGAGUAGUAGGCAGUGGUGUGGGUUGUGAUGAAGAUUAUUUGACUGAUGUGGGUGUACAAGACAGUUUAUGUGUGUUGGAAAUUUCUCCUGGGCUGACUAAGUAUUGGUGCCCAGUUUGUGCUGACAGUUUGAAGCCUAUCGUGGGGCAGCACUCAAUUCGGAAGAUUAGGGAUGGUGUUGCUGUGGAGAAGCAUGUAGUAUGUAACCGUCAAGGUUUUAAGCAGACGGUUUCUAGUGUUGCUAAAACUACUUUGGCGAGGAGACGGAGGGUGACAAAUAGGGUUGGUUGUAAGGCUAAGGUUGUGAUAAAGCGUAAGUCUAAUGGGUUGUAUGUUGUGCAUUAUUUUGAGGAACGUCACACCCAUUCGAUGUGUUCAAUUACUGCUAGGCAAUUUUUAAAGGUGAAUCGUAGCUUUGAUGCUGGGCACCAAAUGUUUAUUGCGAGUUGUGUUCGGGCAAAUAUUGGUUCUGUUCGGUCAUAUAGGUUGUUUAAAGAGAUUGUUGGUGAGUAUUCCAAUGUCGGGGCUACAGGUGUGGAUUUUAAGAAUUUCAAGCGUGACCUGAUGGCGUACAUUCUAAAUGGUGAUGCUCAAUUAUUCAUAGAUACGCUAUUCAAGAGAUGUGAGUUGUGUGAGGCUUUUGAUUUUGAAUAUGAUGUUGAUGAAGGUGAUCAGCUUUCAAGGGUUUUUUGGGCGGAUGUAGUAUCUAGGAAGAAUUUUGCGUUGUUUGGUGAUUUGUAUAAGUUGGUUUUUGUUCCAUUUACUGGAAUUGAUAACCAUAAGAGAUCCAUCACCUUCGGUGCUGGUUUGCUUACGAGGGAAGAUGUAGACUCAUAUGUGUGGCUUUUGGAGAAAUUUAAGAAAACUAUGUGUCAUGACCCUAUUUGUGUUGUUACUGAUCAAGAUCCAGCUCUCAAGGUUGCUGUUGCUCGUGUGUUUGGUACAUCAAAACAUAGAUUUUGCAUGUGGCAUAUAAUGUGCAAGGUUGGUGAGAAGGUUGGACUGAUUCUGUGUAAAGAUGAAGUGUUUAGGAGGAAGUUGAAUGACAUUGUCUGGAACAAAUCACUGGACUCCAAGUCUUUUGAGGAUGCACGGAGUUGUAUUAUGGAGGAAUAUGGUUUGGGUGACAAUGGUUGGUUUCGUUACUUGUUCGAGUCUCGUACAUAUUGGGCAUCCCCAUAUUUUCACGACGAGUUUAUGUCAGGAUUGGUUAGGACAACGUCUCGAUCAAAGUCUCAAAAUAGUUUUUUUGGUACGUUCUCUAAUGGUCAUUCUAGUUUGGUUGAGUUCUUGGUGCAUUUUAGAAGUGCUGUUGGUGCGCAGCGUCAUACACAAGCAAAAUUGAAUGCUGAUUGUGAAUCUUGUUUUCCUGUUUUAAAGACACCAUUGGCUUUGGAGAAGCAUGCAAUGGAUGUUUACACCAUUUCUGUAUUUUAUGAUGUUCAAGUAGAGAUUUGUGCAGCUUGUUAUUCGUGUCAAGUGGUGUCUUUGUGUGAUUGUGAUGGCCAUGUGUCCUAUGGGAUAAAAGAUGGUGCCCAACGGGCAUGGUAUGUGGAGUUAGUCUUGUCUGAUUAUACUGCUACGUGUUCUUGCAAGAUGUUUGAGCGGAUGGGGUUGUUGUGUAGGCAUAUUUUUUGUGUGUUUAAAGAUCGUGGGGUUGAGAGUAUUCCUUCUAGGUAUGUGGUGUCUCGGUGGACAAAGGGUGCUUGUUUGAAGCCAAUAUUUCAUAUUGAUGAUACAAUUAUUGAUCAAUCUUCUAAAGUGGAGAAUGUAAGGAUUUUUACUAAUCUAUUGUGGUCUGACAUAUAUGCUUGCGUGGGCUUGGCCGAUGGUAAUAUAGAACGUUUGGCACAGCUACGACGUGUUAUUUGUGAGCAAAGGCAAUUAUUUCUCCAAGAGGGGAGUGAGGAUGGCAGUGGAGUGUGUCUCAGGGGUCAACAGUGGAGGUGCGUCAUCCUAUUCAAGCUAAGAACAAGGGUAGCGGUAAGCAGUUGA